GGGUAUGUUUAUCAGUUCUAAAUAAACAACUUCUAAAUUUAUACAUUAUAUUAAAAGUCAAAUCAUUAUUUUUAUUUUUUAUGCAAGAUGUUUAUGGUUGUAUCAAAUCACUCAUACCAGAACAUCAAGUUACUGUCAAAGACACUGGAAAAUUGGAAUCAAAAUGUGAAAUCUUUGUAGAAAAUUUGAGGAGGGAGGAUAUCAGAAUUACCUUCUGGGGUGACAUAGCUAGAGAGUUUGAUAUGGAAAGAGUUAAACAGUUAUCCCCACCAGUGCUGGCUGUAUUCACGGGUUUAAGGUUGACCAAAUUCCAAGAACGGGUAACAGCAGCAACAACAGGCCAUACAUGCAUCAUGAUCAAUCCAGAUAUUCCAAUAGCAAAUGAAUACAAAUGGGGAACGAGGUCAAUUUUGGUUUACACAGACAAGGAUAUUGAUGAGAUCCAAGCGGAAUGGGCUAAGCAUGUUUUGAAGUUCCUAGAAAAUUAAGUAUCAGCCUAUAUAUCUGCUUUGGUUUUUGGUAGCUAGGUUAUGAGCAGUAGUAGUGUCCAGGAACUGCUUUUGUGCAUUUUGACAAAACUGAUGGAAAGUGUUGAACAAUAUAAUGCAUGCAGUUGUUGUAACUACUAUAUGGAUGCUACAAGGUUUUUGUCUUAGUUAGAUUA